UUCUUGUUGUGCAUCUGAUGUCUUUACAGUGGAACCAGAAGGUGCCAAGUUGACUCUGACCACGAUGUUUGGACUAUACGUACGGGGAAAAAGUGUUCGCAUAACCUGCAUCGCUCCAGAAUAUUACAACACACGCUCAUUCCGACUCAUUAAAGAUGGGGAAGGACACGGGGAGAACUUGGACAACCACUCAAUGGACCAAGCAAGGAGCAGAGUUCAGUAUGGCCAAUAUAACCGUGGCAGACAGCGGGAACUAUACCUGUACUUACGAAGCUGAAAUCAGCAACAAGACGUUCAACUCCAGCUACAGUAACUUUGUUGCUAUCGACAUCGUUGAGCGUGUGGAGAUUCGUCUGAAGAACGGCACCCACGACUGCUCGGGCAGGGUGGAGGUCCUGAGCAACAAGACGUGGGGGACUGUCUGCGACGACCAGUGGCAGAUCGAGGAUGCCCAGAUAGUUUGCAGGGAGCUUGCCUGCGGCCACGCCAUCACCGCCACCUCACACGCCUAUUUUGGUCAAGGUAGCGGCCCCAUUAUCCUGGAUGACUUGAACUGCCAAGGAACGGAGCUGUUUCUCUGGCAGUGUGCCUCGCGACACUGGGGCCAACACAACUGUAAUCAUCAUGAAGAUGCUGGAGUUAUCUGUUCUGGUCCCAAAGCAAGGUUGUCGUUGAGUCCAGACUAUGAUGUCUUUGCCAAAGGGGAUUCAGUCACCUUUAAAUGUUCAAUCCAGAGACACAACGCCAGCAAACGUAUGGAGUUUUUACGAAACAGCGUUUACAUCUUGCAUGAGGAACUCAACCCAGAAGAUGUUUCUGCGACGUACAUUAUUGGCGAUAUCGGAGAAAAUGACCAGGGAUAUUACACAUGUCGAUAUUCCUAUUUGAUGGGUACUCAAUGGAUAAAGUCGACUGCAAGUGAUCCAGUACCAUUAAUACUGUCAGAUUCACCUGUUAGUCGAAGAAGGAAUUCCGCAGGGCCCAUGAACAGGAAGAAAAUCAUCGGUCUUUCUGCGGGAAUGAUCAUUGCUCUUGUCCUUGGACUGUUUGCGCUAAACCGUUAUCGGAAAUCGGGCUACAUCUGGGAACGCAAAGGAAGUCGUCUCCACAAUCUACAACCAUUAAUCACUAAUCAAGAUGAGCAAGAUCGGACUGAAGAUAUCGAUGAAGAUAGCUCAAUUUGAGCAGGAACUACUUGAAUUUUUCCAUACUAUAUUCCCAUAAUACAAAUGCCAACUGUAUGAACUAUGAAACAUACAUGCUAUCAUUCAAACAGUCAUUGAACGAUACAGUGUGGAAACAGGCCCUUCGGCCCAACUUGGCCACACUGGCCAACGUGCCCCAUCUACACUAGUCCCACCUGCUGCCCAUGUUUGGCCCAUAUCCCUCUAAACCUGCCCUAUCCAUGUAUCUGUCCAAGUGUUGUGAUUGUCCCAGCCUCAACUACCUUCUCCAGCAGCUCAUUCCAUACACCUACCUGUGUGGAAAAGUUGACCCUCAUAUUCCUAUUAUAGAAGCAUAGAAACAUAGAAAAUAGGUGCAGGAGGAGGCCAUUUGGCCCUUCGAGCCAGCACCGCCAUUCACUGUGAUCAUGGCUGAUUGUCCCCAAUCAAUAACCCGUGCCUGCCUUCUCCCCAUAUCCCUUGACUCCACUAGCCCCUAGAGCUCUAUCUAACUCUCUCUUAAAUCCAUCCAGUAACUUGACCUCCACUGCCUUCUGUGGCAGGGAAUUCCACAAAUUCCCAACUCUCUGGGUGAAAACGUUUUUUCUCACCUCAGUCUUAAAUGGGAUCCCUUUUAUUCUAAGACUGUGGCCCCUGGUUCUCGACUCGCCCAACAUUGGGAACAUUUUUCCUGCAUCUAGCUUGUCCAGUCCUUUUAUAAUUUUAUAUGUUUCCACAAGAUCCCCCCUCAUCCUUCUAAACUCCAGUGAAUACAAGCCUAGUCUUUUCAAUCUUUCCUCAUAUGACAGUCCCGCCAUCCCAGGAAUCAAUCUCGUGCACCUACGCUGCACUACCUCAAUUACAAGGAUGUCCUUCCUCAAAUUUGGAGACCAAAACUGUACGCAAUACUGUAGAUGUGGUCUUACCAGAGCUCUAUACAUGUAUUGUCUAUGUUCCUAUAUUUCUGAGAUGGAUAAAGACAUAUAGCAGAUAGAUGGAUAGAUUUAUAUAGAUAAAUAUUCCCCCCCCUCUCUCACCUUAAACCCAUGUCCUCGGGUCCUCCAUUCCCCUACUCUGGGCAAGAGACUGUGCGUCUACCCGAUCUAUUCCUCUCGUGAUUUUACACACCUCCAUCAGAUCACCCUUAUCCUGCUGUGCUCCUAGGAAUAGAGGCUCAGCCUGCCCCAACCUCUCCCUGUAGCUCAGGCCCCUCGAGUCCCGGCAACAUCCUCGUAAAUCUUCUCUGCCGCCCUUUCAAAGCUUGACGACAUAUUUCCUGUAACACGGUGCCCAGAACUGAACACAAUAUUCUAAAUGCAGCCUCACCAACGUCUUGUACAACUGCAACGUGACCUCCCAACUUCUAGACUUUUAUUUUAAAUAAAGCAGUUUACAUUUGCA